CCUGCAGCCGAACAAGAGGCCAGCCCCGACGCACCUCCACUCGAGAGAAACUAGUAAGAGAGCUUGAUUUUAUCCUUCUUUCUUGUCCAAGAACAAGAUUUAGGACUUAGAACUCUCUCCCUCAACCCAGAAAUCCCAGAUCUGCUCUGCUCUUCUGCCCCCGUCCGCGAGCUGCAGCUGGUUGUGCGAAUUUCUAGGCAUUUUUCUGCCGUGAGAGUUCCCUACAGAAAUUGCCGCUGGCUCUUCCCCAAAUUGCAGCUCCAGCCUUGCUUGCUGGAUUUCCUGGUUAUUAAUGAUCCUGCUAGUGGGGGUUAAACGCUAGCACAUGUCGACAUGUUAUUGAUAGAACCGGUUUGUUCGAGUGACCCUGCUAGUGGGGGUUAUACACCAGCAAAUAGUAUAGCCUGCCAGUGGGAGGUUUAAACACUGGCCAUGACCUAUAGAGGAGACGUCUAUUUCAUUCCUGAAGCAAAACCGAGGACGGGGAAACCACGAGAAGUGACGAGUUAGAAGGCUAGCCAUUUCGAGAUUGAUAUAGAUUUUAGAUAUAAAUUAUGAUCUUGUAAGUUAGAUUGUAUUUGGAGAUUUUAUGAUAUUAGAGCAAUUUUAAAAUUUUAUCUUCAAAUUUUGUGGUAUCAGAUUGUGAUAUGAUUAAGUUCCGAGCCUUGUGCAUUUGUGGGACCCGUUUCACAAGUGCACGGCGUUUGUCGCGCCUCAGAUUUGGGUUCUGGGGCGUGACAGAUUUAGUGGUAUAAGAGCUAGGGUUGAAAUUAAGAGCUUAGGUUUAAAUUAAGAGCUUAGGAUUAAAUUAAGCACCUCCACAUCGAGUGGUUUUAGAGCUUAGGUUUAAUUAAAUACCUAGGUUUAAUUGAAUACCUAGGAUUUGUUCAGAACUUGGCUAGCCAAUGGAUUUUAAAACCGUGGAUUAGUUGUGGUUUGUUAUCAGAGUGGCGCAACGGAAGCGUAGUAGGCUAGAUUCUGAUCAUGGAAGGUUAGUGGAGCAAUUGUUUUGUCUCAGAUUGUGUGAAGCCAUUCACCACUCGAAAUGAUCCUCAAUUUGAGUUUUGGGGACAAACUCCUUUUUAGGAGGGUGGAUGUACUACCCCAAAAUUUGUGAUAUUUUAGCACUUAGUUAAGGACUUAAUUGUGAGGAAAUAUUGUUUUGGGGCCUAAUAGUGAAUAUUUCAAAAGUGAGAGACUUAAAAAAGAAAAUAAUUGGAUAAGGACCGGGUGAUUUUUUCUUCCUUCUUUCUUUCUUCAACUGCAUGUUUCUCUUCUUCUUUUCCGUUCCCCCCUGCAGCCGAACAAGAGCCCAGCCCCGACGCACCUCCACUUGAGAGAAACUAGUAAGAGAGCUUGAUUUUAUCCUUCUUUCUUGUCCAAGAACAAGAUUUAGGACUUAGAACUCCCUCCCUCAACCCAGAAAUCCCGGAUCUGCUCUGCUCUUCUACCCCUGUCCGCGAGCUGCAGCUGGUUGUGCGAAUUUCUGGGCAUUUUUCUGCCGUGAGAGUCCCCUACAGAAAUUGCCGCCGGCUCUUCCCCAAAUUGCAGCUCCGGCCUUGCUUGCUGGAUUUCCUGGACUAAACUCAUUUUAUGCAAAAAUAAGUAUGACUGAUUUGAAGUGAAAUUUUUAUACUUUUCAUUAAAUUGAGCAUGCCUACUUGAAAUUUAAUUGAUUGUCCUGAUGAUUUGAAAGUGAUUGGUGAAUUGUGAUUUUUCUGUUAACUUCUGCCUGUUUUGUCUCCGAUGUGAUUAUGUUAUUAAUGAUCCUGUUAGUGGGGUUAAACACUAGCACAUGUCGACAUGUUAUUGAUAGAACUGGUUCGUUCGAGUGACCUUGCUAGUGGGGAUUAUACACCAGCAAAUAGUGUAGCCUGCCAGUGGGAGCAUGCUAUAAGUUUAAUAAGGGGCACUCCAUAUUUACUUACUGAGUUUAUCUCAUAGUUUUUCCUUGUCCACCAUUUCAGGAAGUGAAACUGAGGACGGGGAAACCACGGGAAGUGACGAGUUAGAAGGCUAGCCAUUUCAAGAUUGAUAUAGAUUUAGAUAUAAAUUAUGAUCUUGUAAGUUAGAUUGUAUUUAGAGAUUUUAUGAUAUUAGAGCAAUUUUAAAAUUUUAUUUCAGAUUUUGUGGUAUCAGAUUGUGAUAUGAUUAAAUUUCGAGUCUUGUG